CCACUCUCCUCCUUAACCACCCUGUCCUAUCAGCGGCUGGCUCCUCGGGAGUGGGCGGGACCCGUGGCUUUGCAUUAUAAGUGUGUGCGGAGGGCAGAGUGUGCGCUGUAGGGGCAAUCAUCAUGGCGGAUAAGAGGGAGAAGAGUGCGGAUCAGAUGAAGCUGUGGAAGGAGAGUCGGGGCAACCAGAAACCCGACGUCCUCACAACUGGUGGUGGUAAUCCCGUGGCUGAUAAAUUGAACCUUCUGACUAUUGGACCUCGAGGGCCCCUACUGGUGCAGGAUGUGGUGUUUACAGAUGAGAUGGCACACUUUGACCGGGAGAGGAUCCCUGAAAGGGUGGUGCAUGCUAAAGGAGCAGGGGCCUUUGGCUAUUUGGAGGUGACCCAUGACAUCACAAGAUAUUCCAAGGCUAAAGUGUUUGAGUACAUUGGAAAGAGAACUCCGAUUGCUGCGCGAUUCUCCACCGUUGCUGGAGAGUCGGGCUCCGCUGACACUGUGCGCGAUCCACGAGGAUUUGCAUUGAAGUUUUACACCGAGGAUGGGAACUGGGAUCUGACUGGCAAUAACACCCCCAUUUUCUUUGUCCGUGAUGCCAUGUUGUUCCCGUCAUUCAUCCAUUCUCAGAAGAGGAACCCCCAGACCCACAUGAAGGAUCCGGAUAUGGUCUGGGAUUUCUGGGCCCUGCGCCCGGAGUCUCUCCACCAGGUCUCCUUCCUGUUUUCGGACCGUGGUAUCCCAGAUGGCCACAGGCACAUGAAUGGUUACGGCUCGCACACUUUCAAAAUGGUUAAUGCCAAGGAUGAGCCGAUCUACUGCAAGUUCCACUUCAAGACUGAUCAGGGCAUCAGGAAUCUGACGUUGGAGGAAGCCAAUCGAUUGUCUGCUGAAGAUCCUGAUUACGGAAUCCAUGAUCUGUAUGAAGCCAUUGCCAAUGGGAACUAUCCUUCCUGGUCCUUCUACAUCCAGGUCAUGACCUUCGAGCAAGCAGAGAGAUACCCAUUCAAUCCUUUUGACUUAACUAAGAUCUGGCCACACAAGGACUAUCCUCUCAUCCCCGUGGGAAAGUUGGUCCUGAACCGCAACCCGACCAACUACUUUGCGGAAGUGGAACAAAUUGCCUUCGAUCCAAGCAACAUGCCUCCCGGAAUCGAGCCGAGCCCGGAUAAAAUGCUGCAGGGUCGCCUGUUCUCCUACCCGGAUACACACAGACACCGAUUGGGGGCCAACUACCUCCAGUUACCUGUGAACUGCCCUUACAAAGCACGAGUGGGCAACUACCAACGCGACGGCCCAAUGUGCUUCACUGAUAACCAAGGGGGAGCUCCCAAUUAUUUCCCCAACAGCUUCUCCGCCCCGCAGAACCAGCCUGCAGCCAGGGAGAGCAAAUUCCGGGUGUCGGCAGAUGUUGCCCGCUACAACAGCUCUGAUGAGGACAACGUCUCCCAGGUCCGGGACUUUUACACCAAAGUGCUGAGUGAAGAAGAGCGCAAGAGGCUCUGUGAGAACAUCGCCGGUCACCUGAAGGAUGCCCAACUCUUCAUCCAGAAAAGAGCUGUGAAGAAUUUCACCGACGUUCACCCCGAUUACGGCAACCGUAUCCAGGCUCUGCUUGACAAGUACAACGCUGAAGGACACCAUAAGAGAGUGAUCAAGACCUACACUCAGCAUUCUGCGCAUGUGACCGCAAAUGACAAGGCCAACCUGUAACGGUCCUCAUCCUCCGUCUUCUCCUCAAUGAUCCGUCCACUAAUUGUUUUUUUUUUUUCUAAUUAUAAUACUUUAAGUCCUAAAUGAUUGUUUUAAAAACAGAGCUACAGAAUUCCAAAAAUCUUUCUGGUGAAAUCGCUAGACUUUUAUACUUUUGGCCUCAGGAACAUCCUGCACUUUUGUAUUCCUGGCUGAUUCAAUAAUCGCACAAAGGCACAUAUAAACCGAAUGAUACUGGAAAAAAAUAAUAAUAAUAAGCUAUGUUGCAUAUGUAUAAUACUAACUUUCUGUCCAAACAUUUCCAAUAGCUGACAAUAACCUCUUACUCUGUGCCUUCAAAUGACAGAUUCAGCUGAUUGCAGUAAAGGUGAUGCAAAUAAUCGCACGGCUCCUACAUUACACUGUGAAUGUUGUGGGAGUAGCCGACUAUCCGGUGGCUAACAAAUGUAGUUUAUUAAGCCUACGACUAACUCUAGACUAGAUUCUAGCAACAAAUCUGCUGCAUAGUCUACCUGGUUUCUCGUUGUUGGGAGCCAGCUGGCAGCAUGCUGCAAAUGUGAACUAAUUAAGUAAUCAUUUUGUACAAUAAACCUACCUGCAGCUAAU